UCUUGUCACAGUUGCAGCAUUACUUCUCAUCCGGCUAUCAUCACCUCGUACACUAUGUCUCUGGCUGUCAUUGUUGGCGCUACUGGCACCCAAGGUGGCUCAGUUGCUCGUGUCCUGGCCAAAGAUCCCUCAUGGAAAGUACGAGGUCUUACUCGCAACGCAGCCAGCGCCAAGGCCAAAGCACUUGAGGCUAUAGGGGUUGAAAUUGUUGCUGCCGAUCUGAAUGAUGUCGGCACCCUACAGGCAGCCUUCAAGGGCGCUACUGCUAUCUUCGCAGUGUCUGAUUUCUGGACUGCCGUAUUCCAGGGUGGCAUCGAUACUGCACAGACGGUAGAGCUUCAGCAUCUCAUCAACAUUGCGGACUCGGCCGCCCAAAUCCCGACCCUCAAACACUUGGUCCUCAGCGUUCUGCCAUCCUGCGACAAACUCUCGGGGGGGAAGCUGCCAUGCCCGCAUUGGGAUGCAAAGGCCAGGGGUGCCGAUUAUGUCAAGACAUCGCUACCGCAAUUGGCAGCGAAGACGACGUUUGUAUGGACAGGAUUCUAUUUAGAUAACUUUGCCAAUCUGCCCUCAAUGCAACCCCAACCAUUCUUGGGCAACUACAUUCUGGCCCAAGCCUCAAAGCCUGACGCGAUCGUUCCUUGUGGCGGAAUCGUGGCGACGAACACUGGCAUUGUGGUCCAGGCAAUUCUAUCCCAGCCAGAGAAAACGUAUGGGAAGUAUGUACCCAUUAUCACCGACCUUAUCUCCUGGACCCGGAUCGCGGAGGAAUGGAGCAAAGCUGCUGGAAAGACGGCAGUGUAUGCCGAGCUGACCGAUUCAGAGGCGACCAAAGCAUAUGGCCCCCUAUUUGGACCAGAGAUAGCCAGCCAGUUGCGGUUUAGCGAGCAGUACCCGGAUUGGAACAAGUUCUACCCCGAGGAGACAGUCACCUUGAAGGAGCUCGGCGUCAAAGACAAGGUUGUUGGCGUUGCCCAAGGUCUUGAGUUGCUCAAGGACCAGAUCAUUCCUAGACCCUGAGCAGACUGCACAACUUUUCCACGUUGAAUCCUACUAGAAUAUUUCAUUGAAAAUAAGCACAAAGCUUACGUCUCAUGAACCAUUUUUCUAUCAAGAUCUGGAAGCAAAAGAGUGAAUAAUCGUCUGGUUUCUAUGACAUGGAAUUCUUUAGCUCCCAUUAUCUGUGUUUAGUACAGUCUUUGGAAAGUUAGUAAUUACUAAAUGGUUGAGCUCAUUGGAGACUUUUAUCGGGUGAUAUUUUACCCCAGAUGGUAAGCUCUGAACAGUCUUAUUUGCUCGUUGAUGCUAGUAUUAGUCUACGAUAGCUACCGAAGGC